GACAUUUUCCAUUCAAUUUUUUAUUCUACUCACCCUGGUUGUCUGCUUGCUACUUCUUCUGCGACCACUAGUUUCGAAUCACCUCCUCACGCCCGCCGCUGUAAACCCCCACCCCACACCGGCCGCCGCUGUAACCCCCCACCCCACACUGGCCACCGCUGUAUCCUUUUUGCAAAUCUCCCACCUCACAAGUCACAGUCUGUUACACCCCUCUGUUCCUCCGGCGACACUCCACCCUACCCGCAAUCCCACCCCACGUCCUGCAAACCCACACCACCCUCCCCUGCAAUCCUACCCCACGCCCUUUCCUCCCUCCCCAUCCCCCUUUGGAACCCCGCCCCAGUCGACGGCCCCCAAUACUUUAGGCCUCAAUUCUGUGCUCUCAAUUCUGAGUAAAUGUUUUGAUUUCUUUCAAUCCAUAGUGUUUCAUGUUUUUCGUGUAGGAGUAUCUCAUGCUCAAAUGGUUAGUACUUUGCCUUACAGCCCUCACUCCUCAUCUUAUCGCUUGGCCCGGUUCCACACCUUGGCCUAUCAAUCACAAGUAUGCACCCAACCUGCGACUCCAACCCAAUUCACUCUGAGACGCCCCAAUCUCAGAAUUCCCAACCUUUCCAAAAUCAAGGGCCGGACAAACAUCCCCACCACCACCACCACCACCACUACAACGGAUAUCUUAUGCCUUAUGGACAGCCUGCAGCUCCCUGUACCAGAAGACAUCUAUGCUUAUCUCCUCAAAGAAUGCACCGAAUCCAGAGACCCCAUUAGAGGCUCUGAGGUCCAUGCCCACAUUAACAGAAGCAAUCUCCAACUUGGUUUACCCUUAGCCAAUCGCCUGCUUCUAUUGUAUGCGUCCUGUGAUCGUUUAGAUGAUGCCCAGGAAUUGUUCGACAAAAUGCCCAUUAGAAGCUCCAUCUCUUGGGUGACUAUGAUUGCUGGUUAUGUCCAUAACGAUGAACCCAGGGAAGCACUAAAGCUGUUUUUCAAAAUGCCACAAAACAUCAGCUUGGAAUCCACUGGUUUGGUCGUCGUUAGUAUCCUCAAGGCUUGCUUCCAAGCGGGUGAAUUUGGGUUGGGGAAGCAAGUCCAUGGAUGGGUACUUAAAGUUGGGCUUGGUAAGGAUUUGUUUCUGGGCAGCUCAUUUGUCGAUUUCUACAUGAAAUUCAGGUGCUUAGAAGGUGCAAGAUUUGUGUUUGAACAAGUUUGUCGUCGGGAUACUGUGCUUUGGACAGCCAUGAUUGCUGGGUAUUGUAGAGAAGGGAAGUUUGUCGAGGUAGUGGAUCUGUUUAAGGCUAUGGGGAGAUCAGGGGUUAAGAAGAACAACUUUACGAUGUCAAGUGCUCUGCGAGCGUGUGGAAGAAUUGAGGAUAAUGGGCAGUUGGGAAGGCAGAUCCAUGCCAGUACCAUCAAACUUGGGAUGGAAAUGGAUCUCUAUGUGCAGAGCAGUUUGGUUGACAUGUAUGGGAGAUGUGGGCUCCUUUGUGAUGCAAGAAGGGUGUUUGAGAUUGUUGGUGACCAGGGGAAUGAGGUUUGUUGGAAUGCGAUGCUUACUGGGUAUUUGCAGAAGGGGUUCUAUGGUGAAGUCAUCAAGUUAAUGUAUCAAAUGAAGGCAGCUGGCCUGAAACCCCAGGAGUCAAUGCUCAAGAAGGCAAGGUUGGCUUGUGGCGGUUGAGAAACUUGAGAUUGAGUGAUCUAACAGCUCUAAGUUCAUUGAAGCCGACCUUCUUAUCUGGGCUUGAGUUGCCUUUUUCAGCAUUUCGGUUGCGGGUAGUCCUGUCACUAUUCUACUAACAUGUUUUCAUAAGAAUAUAAACAUGUAUACACAAUUUAUGUCAGAAGAGAAUGUAUAUGUUCGUAUUGAUGUCAUUGAGUAGCCGAUGUAUAUAGGACUGGGUGGGGCAGAGAAAGACAAUAGCUGGCUUACAACUCUGGUAGAAUUGGGAAGCUGAUACAGAACAUUAUGAGGGAUGGAGAAGAUUAGUAAAGGAUCUCAGUGUGCAGGAUAUCAAAGUUGACCUACUGUAAUCCUUGUCUGGCUCUGGUAUAUAUAUCUUGUGCCUCACCACCAGUGCUCAGAAAAUCAUGAUCUUGUUUAAUGUUUGAUCUUUAUCAAAAGUUGUGUUUGUGAUAGAAUGUUGAAGCAUUUACUUGCCACUGCAGGUUGAUGGGAUCCCAAUUAGUAUGUGAAACCUAUUUGAGGAGGCCAAGAAAUUGGAUAUUUCAGUGAAAUACAAGAAUGGUGAAACAUACACAACAAAUUAAGCCUUAUACCAACUUUAUGAGGUUGGCUACAUGGAUCCAAACAAGAAAGUAAGGAAGACUGGAUUCUAAUACAGAGAAAGGGGUGGGGGGAGAUGAGAAAAGAUGAAAAGAGAGAGAUGAGAAAUGAAAAAUGGAACACGAAAAAUGAAAGAUGAAGAAUGCAAGAUGAAAGAAAUGGUGAAACAUACACGGUCCCUAAUAAUGCUUUUGAAGUGGGAUGUUGAAUUUGACACAUCCAGAUGUGGCACCUUGGUUCAAGAAGAUCUUGCAUGAUGGGUAAGGGGGUGGAUGCCAGAUUUGGGUAAAGGCCUGCCAUUGGAUGUUUCCCUCUAUUCAGGUGAAGAUCCUGUAUCUGUGCAUAACAGAUAACACCGAAUUAUGGACCAGAAUAAACCAAGAAUUCAUGGAAGAAUGGAAGUCUACACAUGUAAGGAAGGAAAGGAAGAUCCGAAAGAGGCUUCGGUCUUUUUUUAUGAGAGCUGGUUUCAGGGAGAGUCCCAAAUGCGGAAUGCUCUCUUGGGAAGGUGUCCAGAUGGUAAGUUGGCAGGCUAAUGAUGUAAUCAAGAGUGCUGUUGUGGGCUUGCACAUUAGUGGCCUCUCUGGUUAUGCUUUUAACCACAGUGAUAUUGGAGGCUACUGUGCAGUGAACUUCCCUGUCGUCAAAUAUAGAAGAAGUGAGGAGUCGCUUUGCGAUGGAUGGAGCUAAAUGCAUUUGGCAUGGUUUUUUGGACUCACGAUGUAAGUUGAACUGCCUUGAUUCCAUGAGUAGUGAACUGAACCCAAUACAUUGACAUUUAUCAUCAUAAUAAGAAAAAAAUAUAAUUCUCUCAAA